UGCAAUGGUGCGGAUGGAUUUAGCAGAGCAGGGUUUGGCUGCGCUUGAGAAGUUCAGAUGUGGAUGUGGAGUCCAGCCCCCCCCCUCCCUUCCUCAGGCAGAAGGGAAAGUGACUGUGUUGCUGUUGCUGCCGCCUCUCCUCUCACGGAGCCAUGGCCGCUCAGUGCGACUCCUUGAGCGGAUACCUGCUGCAGGCUCAGCCGCUGCCAGAGCCCGGAGCUGCCGACCCCGGCUCCAACAGCGAGAGGAGUACCGACUCUCCGUUAGCCGCCUCCGAGGACGAUGGCCAGGCUCUCCCGCACUCUACUGACCCGGACUGGCUGGAGGAGAGGUUCAGGGUGGACCGUAAGAAGCUGGAGGCAAUGUUACAAGCUGCUGCUGAAGGGAAAGGCAAAAGUGGAGAAGACUUCUUCCAGAAGAUUAUGGAGGAAACAAACACGCAAAUAGCCUGGCCAUCAAAACUGAAGAUUGGAGCAAAGUCGAAGAAAGAUCCCCACAUCAAAGUUGGUGGAAAGAAAGAAAACGUGAAGGAAGCAAAAGACAAAAUCAUGUCCGUUCUAGACACAAAGAGUAAUCGGGUGACCCUGAAGAUGGAUGUGUCGCACACGGAACACUCCCAUGUAAUAGGCAAGGGAGGAAACAACAUCAAAAAAGUCAUGGAGGAGACGGGCUGUCAUAUUCACUUUCCUGACUCAAACAGGAACAACCAGACGGAGAAAAGUAAUCAGGUCUCCAUAGCAGGACAGCCAUCGGGUGUAGAAGCUGCCAGAGGUCGUAUUAGAGAGUUGCUCCCUCUGGUGAUGAUGUUCGAUCUGCCUAUAGCUGGCAUUUUGCAGCCAAUACCGGACCCCAACUCACCCACAAUCCAGCACCUAUCCCAAACCUAUAACAUCUCUAUAUCCUUCAAACAGAGGUCACGUAUGUAUGGUGCCACAGUCAUUAUCCGAGGGUCCCAAAGCAAUGCUGCAGCAGUCAAGGAAGGGACUGCCAUGCUGCUGGAACAUCUUGCUGGUGGUCUGGGCAGCGCGAUUCCUGUCAGCACCCAACUAGACAUCGCACCUCAACACCAUCUCUUCAUGAUGGGUCGUAACGGCAAUAACAUUAAGCACAUAAUGCAGCGAGCUGGAGCCCAGAUCCACUUUCCUGACCCCAGCAGCCCCCAGAAGAAGUCCACAGUCUACCUCCAGGGCACUAUCGAGUCUGUCUGUCUAGCUAGACAAUACCUCAUGGGCUGUCUCCCUCUUGUGUUGAUGUUUGAUAUGAAGGAAGACAUCGAGGUUGAACCACAGCGGAUCACUCAGUUGAUGGAGCAGCUAGAUGUCUUCAUUAGCAUCAAGCCAAAGCCCAAACAGCCCAGUAAGUCAGUGAUUGUGAAAAGUGUGGAGAGAAAUGCAGCAAAUAUGUAUGAAGCAAGGAAGUGUCUACUGGGUUUGGAAAACAGCGGUGUUACAAUGACAACGAGUGCACCCUCAGCAGUGACCUGUCCCAUAGGAUUAUCCUGUCAUGGACUUGAUAUUCUAGCUUCCGCUGGACUUGGCCUUGCUGGAUUAGGUUUCUCCACCGUAUCACCUCUGAUGAUCCCACCAACAACACAAGCGACCUUAACAAGUAUCUUACUGUCGGGCCUACAUGGGUAUGGCCAGAGCACACCAUCGCCCCCACCUGGUCUGGCACCCAUGGACAUUCAGAUCAGCACCUUAUCCCAAGAGAGUGAUAAGACAGCAACUUCCUGCAUUAACGGCCAUGUUAAGCCUUCCAGUGCUAUUUAUACACGAAUUUCAAACCCCUGUCUAGCAGAUAAAGUAUUGAGUAGUAACCACUCUGAAGUACCACGAGAGAAUGCAAUCAGCUCCCAGGAGCAGUUGACGAGGAAGUCCAGUCCAGCAGAAGGUUCCAACGAUGCGUUUGUGGAAGUGGGCAUGCCUAGGAGUCCUUCACACUCGGCCAACAGCAGCGAACUAAAGCAGAUGCUGAAUAGUUCCUCCACACCCGUGGCUAAACGACAGACCUUGGAGUUGUUACAGGGCACCAAGAAUACCCAUCGACAUACCUCAGACAGACUGCUUUCAGAUUCUGACUCCAGUGCCACCGAGGGCAGUGCCACUGACAAGCGGGCCCCUGGGAGUGAGCGGGCAGCGGAGAGAGCUGCUGCGGCCCAUCAGAACUCUGAGCGACUGCGACUUGCUCCACAGUCGGCAUAUGCCAAUAUCCAGGUAGUGGCGAUGAUGGCUUUUGACUACGAACAGAAGAAGCUGUUGGCAACCAAAGCCAUGUUGAAGAAACCAGUGGUAACUGAAGUAAGGACCCCGACAAAUACAUGGAGCGGUCUAGGGUUCUCCAAGUCAAUGCCUGCAGAAACGAUCAAGGAGUUGAGACGGACCAAUCACGUAACCUACAAACCCACCAUGUCAACUACAUACGAGUCAUCAUCGCCAGUGUCGCUAUCGCGAUCGAGCAGUCGGGAGUAUAUCGGGGGCGGCAGUGAUUCCGAUAACUGGAGAGAUCGGAACGGUUCUCACAGUGAAUUCCCAUCUUCCAUCAACAGCCCAAAGCAAAAAAAUAACCCAUCUGAGCACUAUUUGACCAGCAGUAAUUACAUGGACUGCAUCUCCUCUCUAAUGGGGAGCAACGGCUGCACUCUGAAUAACUCCUUCAAAGGUUCGGAGCUGCCAGAACUCUUCAGUAAACUCGGGUUAGGCAAAUACACGGAUAUCUUCCAACAGCAAGAGAUUGACCUUCAGACAUUCCUCACUCUGACUGACCAGGACUUGAAGGAGCUCGGAAUUUCCACGUUUGGUGCCCGGAGGAAAAUGCUGCUUGCGAUUUCAGAAUUGAACAAAAACUGUCAAAAGCCCUUUGAGCCUCCAAGCAUUCGUUCAACGUUUCUAGAAGGUGGAGCAAGUGGUCGGUUGCCGCGGCAGUAUCACUCUGACAUAGCCAGCAUCAGUGGUCGCUGGUAGCAGUGGACUGGAAUUUGCUCAGCCAUGGCUGGCGUAGACGUACAGCUAACGGAAGCUGGCACAGACCGUCGUGCCAUGUUAACCCUGUGGAAAGCAUUUACUGCACAGAGCCCGUCGCUGCUUCCCAAAUUUGGAAUGCAAGGACCAAAGCCGUCUUGAUUUCGUGCAAAUAAUUGUGCCAAAAAUGAAGAGAGAAAUGGACCUAUCCGUGUCAUUCCAUAGUUGCCUUUUGCUGUUUCACCAAAUAUGGUACUAAAACGAUAUGCAGAUCAGAGAACAACAAGACCAUUAACACUAGUUUUCUUGCUUAAUGUUAUUUAUUAGCGAACAAAAGCUUAAAUGAUGCACUGAAACGUUAGGAUCUAUGGUAGAAUUAAACUCGUACCACUAACCCAUGUGCAUCAUGUGUAUAGUUUGUACUGAGAGGGGAAGAUGUGUUGUACUGCUGAGUAAAGAGAUUUAAAUGUAAUUGUCUCUGCACUUUACGUGUCCUGGUUUUCUAGACCUGUGGAAAUGCGUUUGUGUUCUCUCUGAUCUUCAUAUAUAAUAAAUCUGUUGUCAUCAGCGCUGAGGAAGGAGUGCGGGCGUUUAAUGAGAGUUGAGUGAAGCUCAUAGCGUCCCAGAUUUAUUAGGUUCCAUGAUCUGAAGGACUAUAUUGUGAGGCUGGGACCCCAGUCACCAGAUAGCCAUGUUCCCCCAGAAACAGUGUUGUUGCUCAGUGAUUAAAUAUGUUCGCAUUUUACUGCCAUCUUAAACACGAUUACAGUAUUUGGAAUUUUCUUCUGUAAAUUGCUUGUUAAAAACAUGACUUUUCAGAUGUGUGUUGCACUCAGUUCUUUCAGAGAGUUUAUGACAGAAACAAGCUAUUUGGCCUAACUGAUGGCGAUAGUUAAUGCUCCACUGAGCACCUCCCAUGCUCUCCAUCUAACCAUACCAGCAAAAUCUCCAAAUCCUUCCAUCCUCUUAUGUUUGUCUAGCUUCCCCAUGAAAAGACUCUGCUGUUCACUUUAUCUACUGCUUUCACAUACCAGUUAUUUUUAGGUAAAUACCCUUCCCUUGAAUUCUCCCUGUUGGAUUCAUUUUGAUCUGAUAUUUAUUCACAACUCAAGACCUCGCCAAUGACUGGAACCCUGAGCAGCGUGGAGCUCCCAUUUCAGUGGCGUAAUGUUUCCCAAGUAUGUCAUUACUAGUACGUGUGGGCGACAGCUCAGGUUGCCAUUUUGUCAACCUUCUGCAUUUGGCAACGUGAAUCCCAAAGAUGAGCAUCUUGCUUUUAAGAAGCUUUCCCUGUGCAAGUCACACUGGAGGUGUGCUGAUCAUAUGACCAGUUGACAUUGGCAAAGCUUCCACCUUCAUCUUCUUCAAAACCUUUUCUUCUUCUUAAAUACAAACAAAGAGAGUAGGUCGGUUUGUACUUGGCACAAGAAAAGGUCUGAAGCUGAAACAGAUGGUUCGGAAUAGUCUGUAUGUUUAUCUGGAAAGUUCUAUUGCUGUUCACUUUUGAAUGUCAUGCUCAAUACCACUUGAAAGCGUUUUUCUUUGUGUGGUUUUCUUUCUCUGCUGUUGGAUCUUAUGAAUGGAGAUGAAUUGAAAUAGCCUUUCUGGUUCAUUCAACCUCUCCCAAACUACGGUGCAGCCUCCCUUGUUGUAAAAUAUUCACUCCAGGUAAAGAUACCAAGGCAGUCAGCAAAAGACAAAUCAUUUCCAAUUGUGGUGACAAAAGUGAAUCCGGGAGAUGACACUGAUGCUAUCUCAGCUUUUAUUUUUAAAAUGUGCGAUGACCUCAUCAGAAAGGAAUUCAUUUGAGAGAAAUCAGCGAAUCCACUACACAGUCCAGCACAGCACCAUGGUCCUACUUGUCAUAUCCUCCACCUUGGAGGACUAGACAAUCUCAGCUGCCAACCUGUCCCUGAAAACCUGACAGAUGAUGCUUUGUGCUGAAGUGAGGAAGCAAUGAUGACAGAAGUGCAAUCUGUUUCUGUUUUCCUGACCUUCUCCUCCACCUCCUGUCCCUGUCACCGCAACUGAAGACAGCACCUUCUCAGUUCUACAGCCACCUGGAAAAGGAGGUACCUAUGUUUCACAUCAGAGAUGGAGAGACAAGGCCUUCAAUUCUCAAACUCACUGGUUUUCAAACUGAAGGAGAUAAUUUCCUCUUUGUUCCUUCCUUUCCUAUUACCAUCUUCAGUGCUUCUCAUGUCAGUCGCACUCUGUGACUUUGGUGAGUCCAUACACCAUGCUAAUUUACUCUGCUCCUUUCUCUAUCAUUGAAAGUUGAUCUUUGCACUGACUGUUGUCUCAACAUGCAGUUCUCCUGAUACAGUUAACAAGCCCAUGGAGUCUCUAAUUAAGUGUUCCCAUUGCUUAUGCUCAAUCUAUGAAGGGUUUUAGCUGAAAUGAAGGAAAUCCCUAAGUGCCUACCUUUCCAACUGUCCAACUCUGUUGUUGUCCAUGUCUACAGUAACCUGUUCUGCCUGCAGUGUCAAAACAGGCGGAACUAUAGAGUCUCUGAACAGUGCUAAUCUCCUAAGCCUUUAAAGACUGAAACUGCUAUAUGAAGUGUUCUGUGUAGCCAGCUUUAGGUAAAAACCAUUUUUUUGCUGCAUGACUGAAGUUAAUGAUAAAAAAAAAUUUGUGGAGGGUUUAAUAUUGUUUUCUACUUGCAAAGGCAAUUGUAUGUUCUGUGUAGAUAAUUGUUGGAUUAAUCGCAAACAAAUUUGCACACUCAGAGGGAAAAGGCUUUGUUUUGUCACUUUUAUAUAUAAAAUGUAGUUCUGUGAUUUUGUUUUUUUUCUCAAUUAUUAGUCACUAAGAGGAAACCCGUCUUUUGCGGAGCCCUCUAAAAUAAUCAGCGAUAUACGUGUGUGUACACCAAAGUGAAGGCUGUUCAGUUUAUAGAAGCUAAACUGAAAGAAUAUUCUGUACAAAACACUGGAAGAAUACUCGCUUAUCUCAAGUUUGAGGAGGUGCCAUGCUAACUUUGUGUAAACUAACCGAGGUCCAAUGUCUAUCGAAUGGACAAAGCUGUUUGAUUGCCAGCUUAAGUUGAAGGUUAAGAAUAACUCAGUGCCUUGAGUGAUGAUUUAUCUGUAAAUAUAGCAGAGAUGUUUAUUUUCAGUGUGGGGGGGGGAUGAGGGCUUGAUUACCUUUUUAUGAUUUUCAUUUGAAAUGAUAUUGUUUAUGGAUAAGCUUUAACAAAGGGAAUUUUCAACACAGUUUUAUGUUGUAUUAAAAGAUAAUUUUUUAUAACUUU